AUGUCCGAAGAUUUGUCGACGGUAGGAAAAAUGGAGGGUCCGCAACUCAUCAUUGUCGACGCCACAAAAGUAGAAAAGGACGGAGAUAAACGGAUAUUUGGUGACAUAAAAAAUGUGUCCAGUACUGGGCUGAAUUUUGUCACAUUAAAGCACAUUCCGGCCACUAUUACCAGCAUAGUGUCAGGCUCCAGCAUCUCCCCUCAAAUAAUCGAGCACACGAUGGACAGUGCAAAAAUGCUCGAUCUUACAAAGUUGCGCACAGGAUCGAACACACCCGAAACCGCAAUAAGUCCGCGAGAACCGAUCGCCGUUCCAAAUGACAUAUCGGCGGAACACGUGAUAAACAUGAGCAAGGUUGUCACAAGAAUCGGUGACGGCUCUGCCAGGCGGACAGGCGAUUUUAACUCGCCCAGAAGCUUCCAUAUCGCCGAACAGUUCAAAAUGAUCCAUUCUAAGAUAUCGCCGACCGUCUCCAACGCGUCCGGCACUGUGCCGAUAUCCGGAGCCGCAAAAAACGCCACCACUCCGUACAUUUUGACGGCGCGGGAGAUAACACGUAACACCGACGUACCGUCCUUAGAUAGUACUCGGAUGAUCAGAAGAGGCUACAGUGACGAUGUAGCUAUGAUGCUGAAGAAAGGCUCGAACAGGCUUAUCAAGACACACAGUCACAGCAGUCCAAGAGGUAAAGACUCGCCCGCUGAGUACGGACACGUAUAUCUCAACAUAUACGACCUGGAGGCCGUCAACCGAGUUGUCAACGUCGUAGCUGGUACUUUCGGUGCCGGCGCAUACCACGCUGGCGUAGAAAUUUACGGCUACGAGUACAACUUCGGGUAUACGCCGCAGGGCGGUUCGGGGAUAGUACAGUCACACCCGAGAUUCCAUUCAUCGCACAAGUAUCGCAAAAGCAUUGAUCUCGGCAAAACGAAAUUCUCACCCAGGGAGGUAUUGCAAAUCAUUGAGUCACUAAAGCCUAUGUGGCUAGGGUCGUCGUACGACAUCUUGAAGAAGAACUGUCUCAACUUUGCCGAUGCACUCUGUAAGAAACUGGGCGUUGGAAGCAUACCCAGCUGGGUCAUGGGACUGCAAAACAAAAUAAACUGGACUAGGGAUAGCCUGCAGAGCGGGGCUGCCAAACUUAAGCAAUUUGACGAAGCCGUCGGCAUAAGCCGCGCGUUCGGCACCCUGUCUAGAAAGCUGACAGGAGAAUGUGCCGGGGGAAACAACUAG